GACGAGUUCAUUGCGACUUUCGAUGGCGGGGAUCAGACUUGUCAGGUUGUAACGCAAGGGGCCGACAGAUGUGUUGCGUUUCGUACGGAUCCGGUCGAUAGCACGGAACUCACUGGGUGUGUGGAAUGUCGUUCCUCAUUAACUGGGAUCUUCUCAGCGACGGCGCUGAAGCUGAUAGUCUUCGAGAGUUUCUCAACGCACGCUUUCGUGAAAUAGAACGGCCACCUUUCCUUGGGCCGCUUCAAGUGACAGAACUAGACUUUGGUGAUGUGCCUCCGGAUAUUGCCAUCAAAGACAUUAGCGAUCCCUCUCCUGAGUUUUACCUUCCCGACAAUCCUGAGCUUUGGAGGCCGUUAACACCGCCACUUGGUGAGGAGGAUAUUGGUGUGGCUCUAUUGGGGAGAACAGGACCUGGGAUUCAUGGAGGCGGCUAUGAUUAUGCGGCCGCGCAGGAGGCCAGUGCUACUAGUAUGUCGGAUGCAUAUCACACCGAAUACUCUUAUGCAUUACGAGAGAGGAGGGACCUGGAACUUAGAAGAAGAAAUCAGCCAUCGGGAUUAGCAUAUGACGAAAAUGUCUUUAUAUCCCCCGAUCGAGCUUUUUCAUCUGCAAACGGAUUGAACGCUGGCGGUCAGGAACGAUAUUUACCGCCAGAUAGAAUGAGUAGCCAAGCAUCUACCCCUUCAGUUCCAUCACACACUCGUGUAUUUGGGACUGCCCACGGCCCUGCGUUUGCUUAUGGUAGCGGAUGGAGCGGUAGCGUGGGACUCGGUCUGGGACUUGGUCUUGGAAGUGGAACUGGCUCUGGAUAUCACCCGGUUCGACAUGGCUCUCCACACAAUCAACAGACUGUACACGCCAAUCGUCCAAGCUAUCCUUCCAAUCUCUCGUCUUUUGUCUCUUCUUCCCCACUGUCCCCGUCGGUCAGCCGCUCCGACUAUUCGUCCCUAUCAGAAUUUACACCGCCAAACGAACCACCACGACCGCUUCCAUCAACGGACCAUGAGAUUGCAUUACAAUAUGCAGAGAGCAUGCGACGAGAGUCGGAUGCGCAGGUUGAUCUCGAAGUGGUGUAUAAAGGAAACAUGCGGCUCGCUAUCAGGACCGAGCUCAUUGUCAACCAACCAACUCCCGCAUUUAUGGUCCUGCCCUUGACAUUGACAUUAACUGGAUUCCAUUUCACCGCAACAGCAGUCAUCGCCUAUCUUGGAGAUCGGGUCAAUUUUUGCUUCAAGGAACCCGAUACAGGCUCGGCCAUCCUGCAUGAUGUAUCGAUAGACUCGGAGGUUGGUGAUCGGCAUAAGCAAGUGCUGAAGAAUGUCGGUCGGAUUGAGCGAUUUAUUGUGGAACAACUCCGCAAGGUCAUUCAGGAUUUUCUAGUCUUCCCAAACCACCAAUCUCUAACGUUGCUUCACGAAUCCUCAAUCGAUGGGGAAGACGAACUAUACGAGGACUCUGAACCAUUUGACGAUGCAUCCUUCCCGGACAUGUACAAUGAAACAUGACACAGGGGUCCAGAUCGGCUCAACCACUUAAAUACAGUAUUAUAGUGAUCCGAGCCCGGUGUUCCGGGCGUGAUAUCCGGGGUCUGAACACUGCGCAUUUCAUCUAUCUAACGCAUAUCAAUUUAAUUUACACUUUCGAUUUGGACAACCUUGCAAAGACCCCAUCCAGGGCCUUCACUGUAGAUGGAAGUGAGAGCAUCUUCCAGGCUGUUUCAGCCUCAUCCUUGAGCCACUUUUCGUCGGCCCAUUCUCUGGCGAGAGGUCCUCUCAAGAUGUCUUUGGUAAUCUGCCGCCCCG